AUGUCAUCACCACACAUACACACACUCCUGAAGAAAUGCGAAGCACUUAAUCUUGUUCUUCUUCACCAUGGCUCUGAAGCUCCCGCACACUUUCCCCAUCUUCGCCCCUUCCCUCGACCCCAACCCAAACCCGCCGCGCCAAUCCUCGGAGCUCCGAUUCUCUCGCUGGAACAACCCAGAAACUCGCUCCCCCAAUGCCCGCCGAACACCCCGGCCCACCGGGCCUGCCAAAAGGUCCAAAAGCCCAGCAAGGCCCAAGGUCGACCGGCAAUCGCACCCAGCGUUCAGGUUCUCCAACAUCCCCAAAUCGAAGCCGCAACGGGUAUCCGGCGCCCCCGAAAACGUGAAAAUCAGCGACGACGGACUCUCCUACGUUAUCGACGGUGCCCCGUUCGAGUUCAAGUACAGCUACACGGAGACCCCGAAGGUGAAGCCAAUUAAAAUGCGCGAAGCGCCUUUCGUGCCGUUCGGACCGGACACGAUGCCUCGGCCGUGGACGGGGCGGGCGCCGCUGCCGGCGAGUAAGAAGAAGCUGAAGGAGUUCGACUCGUUCGUGCUUCCGCCGCCGCACAAGAAGGGGGUUAAGCCGGUGCAGUCACCGGGGCCGUAUUUGGCGGGGACGGGGCCGAGGUACGUGAAGUCGAGAGAGGAGAUAUUGGGAGAACCCUUGACGCAGGAGGAGAUUCGUGACUUGGUUAAGUCCUGCAUGAAAGCCCAACGCCAACUUAAUAUCGGUAGAGAUGGUUUGACGCAUAACAUGUUGGAUAAUAUACAUGCUCAUUGGAAGCGCCGGAGGGCUUGCAAGAUCAGGUGCAAGGGAGUCUGUACUGUUGAUAUGGAUAAUGUCUGCCACCAGCUAGAGGAAAGGACAGGGGGGAAAAUCAUUCACAGAAAGGGCGGUGUGUUGUACCUUUUCCGAGGCAGAAACUACAAUUAUAAAACACGCCCACAUUUUCCUCUGAUGUUGUGGAAACCUGUGCCUCCAGUAUAUCCUAGGUUGGUUCAGCGAGUUCCUGAAGGUCUAACGCUAGAAGAAGCAACUAAAAUGCGUCAAAAGGGAAGCACAUUGAUUCCCAUAUGCAAACUAGGUAAAAAUGGUGUUUACUGUGACCUAGUAAAAACUGUCAGAGAGGCAUUUGAAGAGUGUGAACUAGUGCGUAUAAACUGUCAAGGACUGAAUAAAAGUGACUAUCGAAAGAUUGGAGCAAAACUAAGGGAUCUUGUUCCAUGCACAUUGCUUUCGUUUGAAUAUGAGCACAUACUUAUGUGGAGAGGACCAAAUUGGAAGUCAUCUAUACCAGAUCGAGGAGAUGACCGCAAGGAAUCCAAACAAAUAGAGGUUGACCAUAAAAAUUAUAAACCACUGCCGUCAGAGGCCCUAGAAUUCUCAGCACCGAGUCUACAAAUGAACCCAUUAGAGCAUGAAAGCAAUUUAUUACAUGACACUAGCAUUUCCUCUAUUUCAAGUGAUGUGACUUUGGAUAAGGUUGAGGUGUCAUAUCCCAAUGAAAAUAGCCACCAAUCUAUGUCUGGGGUUACUGAAGUUCCUUCACUUACAAAAAUCUAUGACGUUGAAACCACAAAUGAUUCCACAGACUCCUAUGCUGAGCCAGAACCUCGCACAAGCCUCAUUCCAAGUAUGACCAUACCACACUAUGAUAGCCAUGCUGAAUUCUCCUCGAAAGCUAUGAGUGAAAGUCAUGGAACUGAGCAUAUAAUGGAUAGCAAAAGCUGCAGUGAUGGUCUUUCUGCUUCAAUUUCAGGAUCUCAUGCAACGCUAGGAGGUAGUGACAAUUCUACUAAUGGCAUGGUGGAUUCUCAUUCUAAUAAGUUGCUAGAUGCUUUGGGAGAAGAAGAUGUCAGUCAGGCACCAAGGUCAGCUGCUCCUUCUAUGAAAGCAAUUUGGUUACUGUUGGAACAAGCUGUUGAGAAAGGCAGUGCUCUUGUUUUAGAUAAGGAUUCUUUGGAUGCGGACAAUAUUUAUCAAAACACAGUUGCCUUUGCCAAAUCAGCUCCACCCGGACCAGCUUUUAGGAAAAACACAAAGGCUGUGUCUCAAAAGAAUCCUAAGCAAGAAGGUUCAACUUUGGAGACUAAAGAAACUACCAUUGAUUCCAUGAAACGGAAAAAGGAGAAUAGUACUAAAAUUCCUAGAAAAGCAAAUUUUGAUGACCAAUUACUAAAUGUUGUACCACAAGGAACAUUAGGAGUUGAUGAACUUGCUAAACUUUUAACAUGAUACUGGAUGGUGUUAUCAGAAGUUCUAGUGUCAUUUUACUUGGUGGUGAGGAUCGACUGGCAGAGAGGGGGUCGUUAUAGCAGAGGUCAACUUGGAUCCGAGCGAAGGGGAUGUCCAUUAUUUUUCAUCCAUUUUGUAAAGUUUUUUCUAAUUUAUUGUUACUGUUAAAGUGGUAGAUUCUGGUGUUUGUAAAAUUUUUCUGAUUUGUUGUUAAUGCAAAUUACUCUUUUGUUUUUUCUA